GAGCUUCGCGAUUCGAUCGGAGGUUUGGGUCACGUACCAACGCAAGGACAGUACAGAGUUUGUACGAUAAUACGAAAGAUCGUAGAUCUACGAUUGGACACUGCAUUUAUCGGAUCCGUCCGUACCCCGUCAAAAGAAAGUCAAAGCAACAUUUGACAGUUUCUUGCUUUUGGUCAGUGUGAUAGAGAGAAAAAGUGCGACGUCGUCCUGCAUCUGCCUGAGUGACUGUGAGCGUAAAUAUAGAGCAAACCUCUCUUCAGAGUAAGCAUGGCGGCUGCGUACCCUCCACCUCAGGCAGGUGGCCAGUCUGAAUUCAAAACGAAAGUCGAGAUUCGGAUCAAAUGUUCGGAUUUGUUGGGAAUGGACGUACUGUCCAAGUCGGAUCCCCUUUGCCAAGUGGAAUUGGAGAAUGCGGGAAAGUACACAGAGGUUGGCCGGACAGAGGCAAUAAAGAACGAGUCCAACCCGGCGUUUGUCACCGCCAUACCUAUCGACUACUGCUUUGAGGAGCUGCAGCACCUACGCUUCACCGUUUGGGACAUCGAUGACAGUAGCAAGCCGCUAGCUGAUGGCGGAGCGCAGGCUAUUGGAGCUGCAGAGGUCAACCUCGGACAGAUUGUUGCGAGCAAGUCGUUCAAGCAGGAGUUGAAGCAUAAGGAGAAGAAGGCCGGAUCGAUUACUAUGGUUGCAGAAGAAGUGAGUCAGACAUGUGAAGAGGUCCACAUGACCUUCGCGGCAUCUCAUCUCGAUAAGAAGGACUUCUUUGGCAAGUCCGAUCCUUACUUGGUGUUUUCGCGGCAAAACCCCGACGGCACUUUCACAGCAGUGCACAAGACAGAGGUGGUCAAGAACACGCUGGAUCCUGACUGGCAGCCGCUCACCGUCCAGUCAAGAAGUCUGUGUAAUGGCGAUGACAAUCGAGUUAUUGAGAUUUCUUGUUUUGACUGGGACAACGACAGUGCAGAUGACCUGAUCGGCAGCUGUACAACAACGCUGGGUGCGCUGCGCACGGCGUCUUUACCAUUGCACCUCGACCUGAAGAACUCGAAAAAGGCAGCCAAGAAGAAGAACUACACCAACUCGGGCGUUCUUCAUCUCCGUCACUUUGAGGCUCUCCGCCUCUACUCGUUCUUGGACUACGUGUCAGCCGGUUGCGAAAUCAAUUUUGUUGUUGGUAUUGACUUUACCGGUUCCAAUGGCAACCCGUCGCAGCCAACGUCACUACAUUACAUCGCACCUAACCAGAUGAACCAGUAUAUGCAGGCCUUGUGGGCCGUUGGCUCUAUCUGCGAACAGUAUGACGCUGAUAAGCUAUUCCCAGCAUUUGGCUUUGGUGCUAAGAUCCCUCCUAAUCAGCAAUUCUCAGAUAUCUUCCCGUUGACGUUCAACUAUGAGAACCCCUAUGUACAAGGCAUUCAGGGUGUACAUCAGGCAUAUCAGCAAUGCCUGCCACAGGUAGCACUGUGGGGCCCGACGAACGCUGCGCCAAUCGUCACACGGGUAGCGGAGAUGGCACGCGAGGCACAGAAGACAUCACCAAUCAAGCGUUACUUUGUCCUACUGCUGCUGACUGACGGCGUGCUGACGGACAUGGAGGCGACCAAGGAGGUCAUUGUGGACUCGUCGGAGCUUCCGCUCAGUAUCAUCAUCGUGGGCGUGGGCAAUGCCGACUUCCACGACAUGAACGUACUGGAUGCGGACGAUGGAAAACUGCGCUCGCGCCUGGCGGUUGCCACUCGCGAUAUCGUCCAGUUCGUUCCCUUCAGAGACUUUGCAAAGAGCUCACCAGCUCACUUGGCCAAGGCAGUUCUGGCCGAGGUCCCUCAGCAACUGGUCGAGUACAUGCGCAAGAAGAAGCAGAAGCCGGUCGGUAUGUGAGAAUGCCGUCGCGUGCGCUCACGGAGUCGUGGUGACCGGUGUGUGUGUUUGUGUGUGCCGUGUGUUCAUGGCACAUCGCUACGCACGCACGUACGCACACUUGCAUCGCAAUCGCUGGCAGCGCGCACUCGCGGCACGAGGCAGGGUGAUGAUUCCCUUCUCUCGUGUCGGGGCACAGACAUUGCUGCAGGGGCUGUCGAUGUCUCUGGCACUGAAUUAGGAGUGAUAGGUUUGUAUUUUGUAGAAUUAAGCGCAUGGCUCCAUGUCAGCUCUGCCAGCCAAUACAGGCUGACUGUUGCCAGCAAUUUAUGUAGUUAAUAGGGUGUGUAUUUUGAUACUGCGAAACUGUACUUUCUUGUCGAAUUUAUAGCGGUUGACAGAACUUUUCCGUUCCUCUUGUUUUUGUCAUGGCGCACGUGCUGAUCAUCAUUUUGGUUCGGAAUCUUUUCAAUUCGGUACCGAACACCUGGCACACGCUUUACUUGUCACCCACCAUCCCUCCCUCUCCUACUCACAUCCUAUCGAACACUCUUGACCUUAUAUCACAUGGUGCGGGAUGUUGAUGCAUUCGCGUAGCAUCCAACUGGGUGAGCGUGGCAGGUACAGACGCGGGAUCUCCCGGAUUUCCGACUUCUAAUUUCUUGAUUCUCUCUCUCUCUCUUUCUCUCUCUCUCUCUCUCCCUCUCUCUCUCUCUCUCUCUCUCUCUCUCUCUCUCUCUCUCUCUCUCUCUCUCUCUCUCUCUCUCUCUCUCUCUCUCUCUCUCUCCCUCUCUCCCGUAGGCACUCGUUCGCUUUAGCUUUUCUUGUCCUCCUGUACAUUCAUUGUUGUACAUUCGUUGUGGUGUUUGUAUUAUCGCUCCUUAUCCUUCGCCAUUGUAAUUUAUUGUAAUUUUCUAGUGCAUACAUAACAUACGUGCAUGGCCGUGUUGCUUUCUUGAUCUAGUCAUGACUCUCUCUCUCUCUCUCUCGGCCCUUCUUCUCUCCUUUUAGGCAAAUUCUUCUCUCUUUUUCGGUGUUGAGAUUUUCACAACUCUGACCAUUACCAAACACGCA